UGAUAGGGUUAUAAACGAGCACAUCCGCGGCAGCUUUAAGAUCCGGCCCAUAGAAGAUAAGCUUUCCGAAUCUCGCUUAAAGUGGUAUGGCCAUGUCAUGAGGAGGCCAGAAGAUCACAUGACUAGACAAGUCCUGAGCAUCAACGUUGGCUCCAAAAGAUCGGGCAGAGGUAGACCCCUUACGACCUGGAUGUCCGUCAUAAACAACGACCUUAAGAAAGCUGAAACAAAUGUCUCGACGACCUAGAACAGAUACGCCUGGCGAAGAAUGACGAGGAGAGCCGACCCCAAAUGACAUGGGAAAAUGCUAGGCAAAGAAGAAGAUUAACAAUAUUUGAAAUGUACUUACAAAAUACUUUGUCUCUUGAUUGCCAAUGUUCAAUGUUUGUUAUUUUUGCAUAAUUAUAAUACAUUUUCUUUACCUGUCAGAUAUUGUAAACAAUGUGCUGAUAUUUGGUGAAACGGAACAAUAUUAUAUCUUUGGACCGUAAUCGGGUCUGAUAUCAGGCCUGAUAAAGUGCGGAUGUAAUUGGCACUUUAUCUCUCUGUAGAAAACUUCGCCCAAUGGUCAUAUUUAUUGUAUGAACUGACUUUUAUUUGAGAUGGCUAUACAUUUGAUGUGCCUCUCCCCCACAAAAAUCGGUAGCUGUAUAUCCUCCAAGGCUGUCAACAACAGAGGGCAUACCGCGAACACCGAUGUUCACAAAUUCCGGGCACCUUUCUCUUUUACUCAAAUUAAAGCGUAAUAAGAGUGACAGAGAAAGCUGCCCGCGUAAGACCUGCGAAAGAGUGAGAGCGAGAGAGAGAUAUUUUGACCGGACCCCGGUCGCGGUCCGGUACGCCUGUCUGUUAUAAGUAACUUAAAAUAACUUGGUGGUUCGGAAAACCAUAGACAAAUAAUUUACAAAGGGCAACUUUAUGUUCAGGAAAGUCUUGUCAAAGUGUCAAUGUCAAUGAAAUGUGAAAUCGUCAUGACAACAAUUUCGUCAACCUGUAAAAAUGUAUAGAGUGAAGAGAUAAUAAUUGAAUAAUUUAUUAAAAUGGUGUUCUUCAAUGUUUGGUCAGUACUACAAUGGUAUUUGAGACCUUUCAUUAAAUGGUUUCUGAGGAAAACAACACGACUAUGUGAGUUACAAAGAAUAUGUUAUGGCGACAAACCUGGAGCGGAACGGUCAUGCAAUGUAGAAAGAUCUCUGAUGCUAUCCCGCACUGAAGACGUAAAACAAGUAGUUUCAUAUUUAGAUACAGUAGUAUAUGAGCGACGGUUUGUUCCUUCUAACUUUCCCGAAAUAUUAAAUCCAUCCGUGGCUAUCAUUCUCAGAGCCAAAAAAAUUAAUCCAAAACUACAUGAUUUGUUCAUUGUAUCAUUUCGGCGAUGCCUGGAACAAAUUUGGAGUUACAGAAUGUUAGUUCAAGAGGUAGAAGAAAUGCGUAAGAUGCCCUAUGACUAUAAAAUCCCUGAUCAUGAAGAGAAACUAUUGAAACUUUGGAGUUUAUUAGUACCCAAUGAAGAUCUAGAGAGUAGAGUGACUAAGCAAUGGCAGUACAUAGGAUUUCAGGGUGAUGAUCCCAAGACUGAUUUCCGUGGCAUGGGUUUGCUUGGAUUGGAAAACUUGUUGUUUUUUGCUUCAGAGUAUCCACAAGCUGCAAGCCAUGUUCUAAGCCAUUCACAUCAUCCAAAAUAUGGCUACACCUUCGCAAUUGUGGGCAUUAACCUAACUUCCAUGGCAUAUUAUUUACUCAAGGAUGGCUCUGCUAAAACUUACAUGUUUAAUGCUAAACAGUACUUACCCAAUAUGAAUUUAUUCCACAGAUUUUACUGCUACCUAUUCUAUGAAUUUGACAAAAUGUGGAUAGAAUCAAAACCUGAAAAUAUGAUGGAAUUUUCAAUAAUAUUCAAAAGGUUUGAAGAUGCCGUCAGAACUGAGUUAGCUGAUCCUGCAUCAGUAUUUAGAAUCAAUAUAGAAGUUGAUACAAUAUAACAACAACCUGUUGCUAGUCUAAUUUUUUGUAGGUGCUUUAACCUAUUUUUAUUUAUUUUCACUCUUUUUUUAUAUUUUAGUGUUGUGAUGUUGAGUGUGAGUUCUUGCCACAUUGCCUUGAUGAAGCAAUUUAUUUGAUCUGUCCAGAUGUUGCAAGGUGCUGCAAAUUGUAUAGAUAAGUUCAAUGUUUGCUGUUAAAAAAGGUAAAUUGCUACAAUUUGAUUUACUCCCCUGUGAUUGUACAAGACAUUAACCAACUAAAUUGUACAUAAAAAUAUUGUGUAUAAUCUUAUUUACUGCUGUGCCGUUUUAUAAAAUACAUUUUGUUUGACCCAUACUGAAUGUAUAAUUAAUCCUCAAUUUCCAUGUGUGUAGUGUUAAGUACAUGUUUGGUUGUAGCACAUUUUUAGGUACACAACUAAAAAUGUCUAACUAGUAUGCAUGAUAGUACAUUACAGGUGUACAUGGUAACUAGGGACCCUAUUAGGAUAACUUGGGUGUGUUUUGUAAAGAUGGUUUGUGUUUGUCAAGGUUUGCUUUAAAUGGUGUUCAAAUAACAUCUGCUUUAAUGUGUUUGUAGUAAAUUAAGGAUGCAACAUGCAAAAUAAAUGCAACAUACUAUUUUA